AUGGCGCUGUCCACUUGGUCUGCGCCAACGGGCUUCAGUGCUGGUGCAGAGAGACAAUUUCACGGUCACACUACAGGUUUGAAGCUGAAUGAGCUCACUGAAGCUGAGAACCGGCACCUCAAAUGUCUACUGUUUGAGCUCAUGUUCCUGUCAAGGCUUUGGGUAACUGGUGAAAAGGAGUCAGGCGCAGGAGAGUUGAGAUGCGUGGACAAGCAACAGCAGGAAGAUCACAGAGCUAAGAGGUCUCACCACUGCCCAUAUUGUGAGGAGAUUUUCCCAAUUCUAUCAAAGCUAAAAAUACACACAGGAAACAAUCUUUAUUUCUGCGCUGACUGUGGAAAAUUCUUCACAACAUCAACUAAUCUAAAAGUUAAUCAGAGAACACACACGGGAGAGAAGCUUUUCUCCUGCUCUGAUUGUGGGGUGAGUUUCUCUCGUCUGGGCCACUUAAAAAGACAUGAACAUAUACACACAGGAGAGAAGCCUUGCUUCUGCUCUGACUGUGGGAAGAGUUUUUCUCGACUGGACCUCUUAAAAAAACAUGAACUUAUACAUACAGGAGAGAAGCCUUACUCCUGCCCUGACUGUGGAAAGAGUUUCUCUCGACUGGGCCACUUAAAAAAACAUGAACUCAUACACACAGGAGAGAAGCCUUACUCCUGCUCUGACUGUGUCAAAUGUUUCACAACAUCAGCUCAGCUAAAAGUUCAUCAGAGAACACACACAGGUGAGAAGCCUUACUCCUGCUCUGACUGUGGAAAGAUUUUCUCUCAACUGGGACACUUAAAACGACAUGAACAUAUACAUACAGGAGUGAAUAUUUAUGCCUGCUCUGACUGUGUGAAAUGCUUCAUUACAUCAACUGAUCUAAAAGUUCAUCAGAGAACACACACAGGAGAGAAGCCUUACUCCUGCUCUGACUGUGGAAAGAGUUUCUCUCUACUGGGCAACUUAAAAAGACAUGAACGUAUACAUACAGGAGUGAAGCCUUACUCCUGUUCUGACUGUGGAAAGAGUUUCUCGCAAAUGGGCCAGUUAAAAAGACACCAAGGUAAACAUAAAGGAGAGAAGCCUUACCACUCGUAUUGUGGCAGAGUAACUCAAGUGAAAGUCACCAAGUAAAAUACUACUUGUGUAAAAGGCUGAAAUUAUUUGGUUGUAAAUAUACUUAUGUAUCAAAAGUAGAAGUAUGAAUCAUUUCAAAUUCCUUAAAUUAAAUGACCAAUUCGGCACAUUUGGGCAAACUCCUGCCAGACUUCAUACAGUCCAGUAAUGUAAUUCUUCACUGCAUCAGUCAAACUGUGCACACACACUGCUGCCAUCUGGUGGCCAAAAUCUAAAUUACAUCUAGAAUCCUUACCAUUCACUCCAACACCAUUUACACACUCCAACACCAUUUACACACUCCAACACCAUUUACACACUCCAACACCAUUUACACACUCCAACACCAUUUUACAAACAAAGUAUUUGUAUUUAGUGAGUGCCAGAUUAGAGGCUGUAGGGAUGACCAGGGAUGUUAUCUUGAUAAGUGUGUGAAUUUGACCAUUUUCUGUCCUGCUAAUCAUAAGAAAAUGUAACGAGUACU